UAUACUUACCUGCUGUGUGCAGUGGUUUUGCACAGAGAAGCCUGGAUCCUCCUCUUCUUGGGUCCCCCGCAGGCUCUCCUGGCCCCUCCCUCCUGUCGGGUGCCCCCACAGCAAGCAGCUUGCUAUGGGGGCACCCGUUGCUCUGUGUGUCCAUUCACACACGGACCUGUGCCAAUGAUGAGGCAGAGACCCAGGAAAACCAAGGCUGUUAUUCACAUUGCUGGAUCGCGAUGGGGCUCAGGUAAGUAUUGAGGAGGCUGGGGGCACUGCUGCACAGAGAAGAUUUUUUACCUUCAUGCAUACAAUGCAUGAAGGUAAAAAAAACUUCAGCCUUUACAACCACUUUAAGGCAUGUAU